CCUAUGUAACGGCAAUUCUUGGUUUAACAGAAUAUUCUUUACAAAUAAAAGAAUAUUCUGUUAAAUUUAACCCCAAAAAAAUCGUCUACUUUUCUCACUCACAAUUAAUGGUAUAGUCCCUACCGCACGUGCGAGCCACACGAUUCAUCCCUGAAUUGGAUUUGGGGAUAGCAUUCUUCAAAUUAGGGCUUCCAUUUCAUUACACGAGAGAGUCUUCUGUCUCUCUACAAACCCCCAAACCCCAACAAACACAAGCUAAACCUUCUCAAUCCCUCUCUUUCGCGACCCAGAAAUGGCCGCCACAGCCUCCUCCUCAUAAACCCAUUCACCUUGUUCCUCCUCUUCUUUCGCAGAUUCUUUCUCUUUGGGUUUUGUUUUUAUCGGAGAGUUUGAUUUGGGAAUCCGAUCUUUUUCUUCAUCGAUCUUCAGUACCGGUUGUUUGGGGGUUUCUUUUCGGGUGAAAGUUAGGGUUUUAGGGUUUUAAUUUCUUUUCGGGUUGUUUGGGGGUUUCUUUUCGGUUGUUUGGGGGUUUGAUUUCGGGUAAAAGCUUUGUCAUUAAAUAUGAAGGUUCAGUCAAGAAUGGAGAUUCUGACUGCUUUGUCUUAGAGCAUGUUGAACAUGAUAGGCCUGAGGUGUUGAAGAGUGAAAUAAGCGUUUGUCAGCUUCAGUAAUAUGGCUAUUGUAUGUUUAUGGAAGCAUGUAUACUAUUAUAAUCUAGCAAUGUUCUUCACGAAGAAGGGCAAUCUCAGAACACUAUAAAGAGAAUUUCUAGAAAAGCCAUGCAGGGAUUUAACAUGAUACCAUAUCAUUUGGAGAACGAAGAUUCCGAGGAGGAGGCUAUUAUCUUGAAUCGUCGCAAUGGCAAUUACAAUUCAAAGGAUGCUACUUUAUGCUACACUUUACCCAUUCAUGGAUAUGGAGCUCCUAAUAAUAAGCUUUUCUUGACGUGAGUGAGUUUCUGAAGUGAAAGCUUUUGUAUUUAUGUUGUGUUUCUACUUACUUACUUACUUGUCUAUCACACAUUUUAUCGAACACUUUGUGAUAUCAUCUUUUGUAUUAUAUUGGUUUCAUUUUGAGGCACUUCUUGAUAUCAUCUUUUCCUUUUUGUUUUAUUUUUAUUACAGGUCCUCAUGUUAAUGCUCAUAAGCAUCAUGUUGACAAUGAGCUUAGGAUGCUGGAGCGAUUUGUGUAAUACUGACUAGCCUAUGAUUUUGUGUAAUACACAGGGUAAAAGCUUUGUCAUUAAAUAUGAAGGUUCAGUCAAGUCAGCUUGGCUCGUAGGUUUGCUUUGGUCCCUCUCGGACCCCCGUUAUUAGCUUACAGCAGCAAUUGCAAAGCAAUGUUAACAGCUGUUGAUGGUGCAGUUCAACUGGUGGUUGAUCGCCCAUAUAAGGCUGGAGAAUCUAUUGCUGUUUGGUGUGGGCCACAGCCUAACUCAAAAUUGCUUAUAAACUAUGGAUUUGUCGAUGAAGAUAAUCCUUAUGACCGGUUGGUGAUUGAGGCGGCUUUGAAUACGGAGGAUCCCCAGUAUCAAGAUAAAAGAAUGGUUGCUCAGAGGAAUGGAAAAUUAUCUGUGCAAGUUUUUCAUGUGUAUGCUGGUAAGGAAAGGGAAGCUAUACUGGAUUUGCUUCCAUAUAUUCGAUUGGGCUAUUUAUCAGAACCUUCAGAGAUGCAAUCUGUUAUCUCUUCUCAGGGUCCAGUUUGUCCAGGUGUAAUCCACAGGGAUGUCAAACCUGGAAACUUCCUCUUCUCUCGUAAGGCCAGUAAAGGUUACCUGAUUGAUUUCAACCUGGCAAUGGACUUACAUCAGAAAUAUGGAAACACUGGACUUACAUCAGAAAUAUGGAAACACUGGCUAUACUAAAGAUAAUCAAGCAUUGCAAGGAGUUUAACUCAUUCAUAUCAUUUUUGAGAUGUUCAUGGUCAGUUUUCAGAUUUGUUAAGAUUGUUUGAGUAUGGUGGAUUUCCACCUGAAGCAAACUAUCUGUUACUAGGAGACUAUGUGGACCGUGGUAAGCAGAGUAUAGAGACUAUAUGCCUUCUUCUCGCGUACAAGAUCAAGUACAAGGAGAAUUUCUUUCUUGAUGCAAACCGAAUAAUGACUUCAAAGUACAAUCAGUUCACCAUUCAAGUAGUUGAACCAAUGGAAGAUUAGGAAGAAGUUACCUUUUUUUUUUUUUUUACAGUAAUUUUAUUUUAUUUAGUGUUGAGACUUUUCUUGCUGCUGAGCUUGUUUUUCUUUCUCUUGACUUGUUAUUUAUGGAUUUACAUGGAGUAGUGUAUGCAAGUAUUUCAUAUACCCAAUUUUCUAAAAGUAAAUAAUAAGUAUUAUUUUAUUA